UCUUCAGGGACGUAAAAAUCAUGGAGAAUAGUUCGCUCUUUGAACAUAUGCCUGAACCAGUCAUGGGCUAUCGUCUGAUACACGGUUACGUCAGUGGGACCAUCUGCUUUAUUGGUAUAAUUUUGAAUAUUCUUAACGGAUUUGUUUGGUCGAGAAAAAACAUGAGGACCUCCACCAACCUUUUGCUGACAGUUCUAGCUUUUACAGAUGGUAUGUCAUUAUUUCUCUACCUUGUGUAUGUGACAUAUUUUUUCACUGCCACUGGACCGAGUGAAUUGAUUUAUCAUUCCGAAGGAUGGAUGUACAUCGUUGUUAUAUGCUUUCACGAGUUCAUCGCUUUUCACACAGUCUCAAACUGGUUGACUAUAUCAUUGGCCAUCUUUCGAUACUUAAAAGUCUGUCAACCCAACAUCGCCAAAAAGCACUGCAAUCGUGCCAGAGCCAAGUUGACUGUUCUGAUAGUUUUCAUUGUAACAACAUUGGCCACAAUACCAUUCUACUUAUAUUACGAGGUGUACGAUUCUUCGGAAGAUAACACAAAUCUUACCGGAUAUUGGAUACGAAAAACAACGUUUGCCAGAAACCAUGUGGAUUAUCAGACAGUACUACUCUGGCUGUAUGGUGUGAUAUUUAAAGUAGUACCGAGUAUGGCCAUGAUUGUUCUUAGUGCCUUACUGAUUAAAGAGCUCCGUGCUGCAAUGAAACGGAAAGACCAGCUAAGGAGUCCCAGCCAGAAAGACCAAGCUAACAUAACCACAGGAUACACAAGAACAUCGAUCAUGCUCGUGGUUAUUGUCUUGAUUUAUAUUUUGAUGGAAUUACCUGUUGGAAUAAUGGCGUUUCUUUCCGGAAUCGAGGGAGGCGAAAGCCAUUUCUUUUAUUUUCUUUUAUAUUCCCACGUAGGCGACAUUAUUGAUAUGACAGUCCUUGUCAAUGCAACAUUGAAUUUUUUUGUCUAUUUCUGUAUAAGCAGACAGUAUCGCUCAGUGUUGAAGGCUCUUAUUCUUAAAAAGGUGGCCAAAAUUUACGAGAUUAGUGACCAUCAUGGCGAGCAUACAGCGUCAUCACACGAUAACACCAACAAUAUGGAGCUCUCCACUUCCGCUGCCGAGAGCUCUCAUCCAAAAUUACGAAUAUGGGUUUCCAUCAAAAGAAGCUUCCGAAGGUGAUGAGACAUUACAUCCUGGAUGAGAGGGGUCAGUUACUCUCAACAUUUUAUCGUUAUUAACGAGGCAAUAUUAAGAAAGAUUAGAACAUUUUUUUUACGAAAAAAGUUUAAACAUAAGGGUGUAAGUCAUUCAUGCAAGGAGAAUCAAUGUCGAUAAAAUAUUUGUUUUAGAAUAUUUUUUGUACAUUAUAUGUUGUAAUACUUCAUAUAGCCAAUGCCCAUAAAGGUAUAAUUAUCAACAUUGAUGCUUUUGUUAUACAAAUGAUCAUGUUAAAUAUAAUUAAAAAAACAAGCAGUGUU